AUGGAAGGGACAAAAUUUCAUUAAUUUAGGAACUCUUAGACUCCUAAACAUUCACAUUAAAAUUCAGAAAAAAUUAUAUCCAUCAAAUCCAACAAUUAACAACAAUCUAUUAGAAUGUAGACUGAUACAAAUUAAACCAAUAUCAAAUCAAGAAUUGAAAAAUCAAAAACCAUCUCAUAAUCUGUAUCUAUUUUUAUUCAUUUCAAAUAGACUUACUAUUAAUCUCCUAUUUUAAAGGAUAUAUAACUUUAAUAUAUUGAUAAAUUGAAAAAAAUGGAUAAAAACGAUUUUUUUGCUUAAUUGAAUAGUUAAGACCCAUAUAAAUAUCCUAAAAAAUUAGAAGGCCUUUAGUUUGUUCCCUCUAAUAGUAAAUUUUAUCAAUAGAAAAGGUAGAAAUCUCUUAAGCACAGGUCAUUUUACCAACAGAAUUAACAGACAGAAAUAUCCAAUUAACUAAGUUUUCAUCAAAUCUAACAAAAAGAGUAGUCAAAGAUAAAAUUCAUAGAGGAAUUCCACUUAAGUAUUCAAUACUAUAAUAUUCUAUUAGACAUGAUGUUAAAGCUUUAGCUGAAUGGACUGAUCUUAUGCUAGAAUAAGCUAUUGAAAAAAACUAAGGACAAUCAGCAAAUAUGUAUGAAGAUUUGUAAUAAAUUUUCUCAUUAUGCUUAAAAGAAUUAAUAAGAUAGAUUUCCUUUGAUUGUAUUGAAAAAAGGUUUUAUUUCAAAAUCAUUAUUAUAGUGUUUUAUUAGAGAAAAUAUGGACAUAAUACGUAGACAUUAAUACAUCAGUUUAUCAAUCUAUUCUCGAUUAAAAUAAUAUCUUAGAAAAAGAUCAUUUAUCUGAAGUUAUGAAAACACAUUAAUUAUAUCAAGCUGAAAUAGAUAAAUUUUUAAUUAUUUAAAAAAAAUAAAAAGCUGAUAUGGAUUCUGUAAUGGCAAGAUUUAUUAAAUUAAAAGAUAAUACAAAAUAUUUAAAAAAAAAUAAUAGAUAUUUAACCACUUAGAUAAGAAUUUAAAAGACUGAAAUCUAAGAAUUAAAGAAUGAUAAUAAAUAAUACUUAGAUUAAAUUGAAAAAAUUACAGAUGAAUUACAUGAUUAUCAAAAAAAUGUUCAAAUAUAAUUUGAAUAAUUUUAUUUAUAGACUCAAAAAUAAUAAAAAAGUGAAAAGAUUCAUGAUCAAGAAAAUUAAUCAAAAUAAAAAUUAAUAAGAGCUGGUACAGAAAGAAAAUUAACAAUUCAUUAAAUUCCAUAGCUUCCAGAAAUAAAACCUAUUUAGAGAACAAGUUAUUUACAAUUAGAAAAAGUUGAUACAGAUUAAGAAAAACUUUAAAAAGCAUUAAAUGAUAGUCUAUCAGUUGGAGAUCUUGAAAUUUUAUUAGAUGAAAAAGAAACAGAUACGAAUGAUUUAAUUUAAAUUUUAUCUUUAACAAAAGAUGUAGAAAUCUAAACUAUUGAAAGAAAUAAAUAAUAAAUUUAUAUACCUAAGUAUUUAAUAAAAUUAAUUCAAUAGAUUUGAAAUAAAAGAUAGAAGGUAAUAAAUUACAUAAACAGAAAUCUCAUCAUUAAAUAAAAUAUCAAGAGGUGUAUAAACUGAUCUAUCUGAAGAGUUUAAAGAAUCUAUUAGAAUAGAAGAGCAACAUCUUGAAUUAUUAUAUGCAGCAAUUUAAAAGGCUAAAGAUUAAUACUAAAAAAUUUAUAAUUAGACUUAAAAUUGUGAGGAGAAUCCAUAAUUUGAAGAACUUUUUGGAAAUUUAGAAGAAUUUCGAAGUAAAUUUAGAGAGAAUCUUUAUCAGGAAAAAGAUUUUCGAACAAAUUUGAUUUUAGUAAAUAGUACUUUUAAAGAUGAAAAUAAUAGAAAAGAAGAGUAACUUUAGUAAUAUGUAAAUAUUUUAUUUAUAUUUAGUAAAAACGAAUAACUGAACUAGAAAAAAAUAAUGAUUUAGCAAAUCAAGAGAUGGUUGAAUUAGAAGCAUAAUUAGAUUUAUAUGAAAAAGUAAUGUUAAUAUUUUUAUAAAUAGAUGAAUGAAAAAAUUGAAAAGAAGUAUUAACGAAUAAAGUCUGUGAAAUCAACUUUAAUUGCUAAAACAUAAAAUUUAGUUGUUUAAUUGACUUAAACACAUAAAUUUGCAGAAAUUAUGAAAAAAAAAAUUUAGGAUAAGAGAAUGAGUACUUUAGUUCCUAAUUAAAGUACUCCAAAAUCUCGAUUUUCCACAGUUUAACCUUAAAUCUAACACUAAAAUUCAAUUACAAGCACACCUCAAAUUAUUAUUAAUGAAUAAACAGAGUAUCAAAAUUAAUAAGAAAAAUCAGAAAUCUCUAAUAAUGAAGUUAAUUCUGUUAAAUAAAAAUAAUUUAGAGGAAGUGUUAUUUAAUAAUAAUAAUAAUAAUAAUAAUAAUAAUAAUAAUAAUAAUAAUAAUAAUAAUAAUAAUAAUAAUAAUAAUAAUAAUAAUAAUAAUAAUAAUUAUUAUUAUAAAAUAUUCUAGAAAUACCUUCAUCAUAAAAUGAGAAAAAUUAAAAUUCUUAAUAUAAUAUUUCUGUGAAUUAAUUUUAAGAUAAUUAAGCAGUUUAAUAAUAGUUUACUUAAUAAUAGACAAAUUAAUUUUUAAGUGAGGAUGUAAAAUAAUAUUUAAAUUAUUUAGGAUUCGAUUGAUUUUUAAUAAAAUGGAACAAGAAAUAAAAAUUAAAAUAAGCCAAGGCCUAGUUAGAAAUUAGUAAAAUAAUUUAGUUAUUUAAGCAAGCUCCAAUAAAUUAAGUAAAUAGAAAAGGAUCAAAGAUAUAAUAAAGAGGGUCUGUGAUGACAAAAGAGAAUGAUUAAAUGCAAUACUUCCAUGAUACUAUAUCUAAUUUUAUUAAUUCUAAUUUUUCUUCAACAGAAUCAGAUAGCGAUGAUUCUGAAUACAAUUUAAAAUUAGAAGAAAUAAAAUAGAGAAAAAAAUAAAUAAAUCAAACAAAAAAAUAUUAAUUUUCAUAAGCUCCAAGUAAAAUUAUUGGAACUAUAAAUUUUUAGAAUUUUAAAAUAAAUAAUCAAUUGAAAGUCCAGGUUUGAAUUAUUUAAAAACUAAUUUAAUAAAAUAACUUGCAACAAAAUUUGCAACAAAUUAAAAAGAAAUUGUAGCAAAGAUGAAAAAAGGAGCAGUAUUAAAAUUAAUACAAUAAUUUUAUGGGGAGAAAUUAAAAUAAAAUUAAAAUAAAUCAUCUUUACAUAUAUUAUGUUAUGAAUACUUUUUUAAUACAUAUGGUUUUAAGAAUAUUGCUGAAUAAAAAAUGAUUCAUUUUUAUGAAUCUAUAUUUGUCCAUAGAGAAAAUAUUAGAGUAAAUUUAUUUGGAAGAUUUUUAUAAUUAUUUAGUUCGUUAACUCUUGAUGAUUUAGAAAUAUAUAUAAAGACUUUAAAAUAAUUAGAUGAAGAAAAUUAGACACUUUACACAGAUAAAGUUAAAGUAAAAUAUAAUUUUAGGGUUAAUAUAUAUUGGUUGAGAAGGCAAUAGUAAUUUUAGAAACAAUUCAUAGUUAGAUUCCUUAGGAGUAUAGAAAUAAUAUAAUAUAUGAUAUAAAGAUGAAUUACAUAGAGAGAAAUAUGAGACCUUAUAUUGAUUAUGAUUAUUAUAUAAGUAGAAUAUUGACAGGUAAAGAUUAGAGAAUAAUAAAAAGGUUAUGAGAUAAUAAGGAAGAUGCAUAUGAAACAUUAUUAGGAGGUUUUUAAUUCAGCUGAUAUGGAUUUAGAUAAUAUGAUGGAAUAUUAGGAAUUUAAGAAAUUAUAUUAUUAUUUUGAAGCAAAUUAAGGAAAUUAGACUCCAAUAAGUGUAAUGGAGAGAAAAUUUUUAUCUAGAUGUGAUUUAAUAACUAAUAAUGAGGGAGAGAAAGCAAUGUCAUUUGAUAGAUUUAUAACAUUUUCAAUAGAGGAGAAUUUAUUUUCAGAAGAGAAGUUUACAAAUUUUGCUAAUAGUGUAGUAGAAUGGGAUAUGAUAAAGACAAUAGAAGAUUUAUAUAGAAAUUGGAAUGAUGUAAAAUAAAGAUUAGAAAAGAGAAUAUAAUAUGCAAUAGAUGAAGAGAUGGAAUAUUAAGUAAGUGUUCUAAAAAAGUUAGAUAAAGUAAAAGAUUAGAUAUAUUAAAUUAAUAGGCUUUAAAUUGUGAAGAUAAGAGAUAGAGUAUAUGGAUAUCGUAUAGAAUAAUAGAAAAUGAUACAAGAAAUCGAUAUAUAAAUAGAUUAGUAGAUGAUUUGAUUCCAAUUGAGUUCAAAGAAAUAAAAGAGGUGAUUGAUUAUUGUUAAGAUGAUAAUUAUUGA